GGGCCAUGAAAACAAUGCAGCAACGUCUUAGAGGAGCUCGGCCUCUAUCUAAAUAACGAGGCUCUGUGGGCUGCUGUUUCAGUGGCGACGGUCGGGUUUUUAACUCUCGGCAUAACGUCAUCCAACACAUAAACACAGGAUAACCCCAACCACCACGUGCGCGGGUAGGAAAAUCAGACUUGACGUAAAUGUCCAUAUGAGGAGUGACGGCCGGGCCAUAUAUGGUCGUUCCGCUCGUGACGCUGUUCCUUCCGUGGAAAAUAGCAAAGGCGGGGCCGCGGUGACCCCGCCCCUCUCGCAGCUGGUAUCAAUGAGAAGUAAAACUCUCAAUCUGAAGCGGAUUCUAACAGACCCGAUGGAGAUGUCAACAAGUAGGCUACAGUAGAUUUAUAAAGCAUCUCCAAAACGUAGCUUACUGUAGCAGCCUCUUAAUCAUUUGCACAGAAAAAAAAACACUUAACCCGUAUUUAUUUAUCUUAUUAUUUAAUAUUUUUUAGCUGUUAAAGGCAAAUAGUUUAUUAUUUAUUACUUUUAGCUUAUUUAAAAUACUUUUUUUAGCCAUGACUUCAAGCAGUGAACCGUUGGAAAUAGCUGGCAAUGAGCUGGUCCACAUACUCAGGACGCCCUGGGACCAGUACACCUCCGCCGGGUACGUGGUGCUUGACUGCAGACCUUUCCUCGAUUUUGCUUUCGCGCACAUUUGCGAGUCGCGCAACGUCAACUGGAACUCGAUGAUGCGUCGCAGAUCCAAGAGCUCGGCGGUGGCCCUGGAGUGGCUCGUCCCGGACAAGGCGCUGCUGGGCCGGCUGCGGCGCGGGGAGUUCUCCCCGGUGGUCGUGGUGGAUGAGAGCAGCCGCUCCGUGGCCGAGCUGAAGGCGGAGAGCGUGGGCCAGAUGCUGCUCACCGCCCUGCAGAACGAGGUUCAGACGCAGAUCUGCUUUCUUCAAGGUGGAUUUGAGGGAUUUACAGAGACCUAUCCAGAGCUCUGUUACAGCUCAGCCAGCAAUCACCUCUCUGCAGUGGAACCAGAGCCAGCAGUGACGGGUCGGAUGACACCAGCAUAUGAUCAGGACGGUCCCGUGGAGCUGCUGCCCUUCCUGUUUUUGGGCAGUGCCGUCCACUCCUCCCGCAGAGAGACUCUGGCGGCAGCGGGCAUCACCGCUGUGCUCAACGUCUCCUCCACGUGCCUGAACUUCUACGAGGGGGACUUUCAGUACCUGCGGCUCACCGUGGAGGACAGCCUAGCCGCUGACAUCAGAGCCUGCUUCUCCACGGCCAUCGCCUUCAUCGACUCGGUGAAGCAGAGCGGUGGUCGGGUGCUGGUGCACUGCCAGGCAGGUAUCUCCCGCUCCGCCACCAUCUGCCUGGCCUACCUCAUGCACACGCAGCGCGUCAGGCUGGACGAGGCCUUCGACUUUGUGAAGCGGCGGCGGCAGGUCAUCUCCCCCAACUUGGCCUUCAUGGGGCAGCUGCUGCAGUUCGAGACCGACGUUCUCUGCCAGGGGUGAAGGCGCGGAACCCCUAUUAAGAGGAAACCAUUAACACGACCGCUCUUUAUCGAUUCCUUCUCCUGCCUCCCGCAGGCGCUGUGCUGCCCUCUGAGCGCUAUCAGGACUCGUAUGUGCAAAUGAACCGUUUGUACUAUUGAAACUGGCACAGUCACAAAUGUAUUCUUUGUAUGUUUAGAGCAAAACUGCCGUGUGCUGCUGGCAUCACACGGUUUUGUCUGGUUUUGUGUGUAUUACUUUGUUUGACUUACGUGCCUGAUCUUUUGCAAGGGCUGUCCUAAAUGUUUUUUUUCACGCAUCCGAACCACUGUGACAUGACAUGUCUUUUCACGAGACAACACUGUGUUAACUUCUUGCGGCAAUACUGGAUGAAUCUCAAGUUUUAUUGUCUCGUUUAUGAAAACGCACUACCUGCUGUUGAUGUCGUGUUAUUAUUCUGUAUCCUGAGAUGGAUCACACUCACGCUGGAAGUUUUUUAUGAUGUAAAUAGAUUUGUUUUUAAUUUAUUAAUUCAACAUUGGUUAUGACAUCGUGAGCAUUAUUACUGUCUGUUACUGCACUUUAAGGUUUGGCUGAUUCCCUGCAGUUUUUCGGGAUUUUUUUACCACUAAAAUAAAAACAUGCUGGAGAACACACUGGGUCUGUUUACUCUGUAUAAUGUACUUAUUUCAUACAUAUAUGACACAUCUCACUUCUCAUAUACAGUCAAUACAUAGCCCCCAUUACAAAGGCACAUGUUCACAGACUGACCUUGCAGUGCUCUGUUGCUAAAUUUGAGGGUUUUAAAACGCUGCAUUGAGUGUUUUUGGAGGAUUAUCCACAGAGAAUGGGUUUCACAGUCUGAAGUCCUUUUUGACCUCAACAACCACCGGCAUAAAGUCCACAUCCACUUGCUCAAGUUGCGAGAACAACUUUGGUCAAUUGUCACAAGGAAUUUUUUUUAACAAGAG